AUGGCGCAGUCCGCGCUGCUGCCGGUUGAGGAUGUCUACGCCCUCCCUUCGACAUUCGCGACAUCACACCACACAUCACCGACAUCCGCCUCAGAUAUAAGACCAGAUGGGAUACAAUGGGCGGUUCCCGACAGUAGAAGGGUAGGAGGAGGAGAAGGAGGAGCAGGAGGGGAAGCAUCACACAAUCCCAGCACACGAACACCACAAUGGUCACCACCAACAUGGUCACGCUACCAACGGCACACAUCUACCAUCGGACUAGGCUCCACGGGCAAGGGUAUCCUCAUAGGCAUGCUUUCCGCAUUUGGAUCUGCGGCCCUCGUGGGGAUCGUGAUUAUGGCCGUAUAUUUCUUGAGAUAUACGAGUCGAGGCCGGAUUCUGCUGGACCGGAUGAGCCGGCCGGGAGAGUUUGAUGAUGAGCAGAGUUUCUUGAGGGAGGAAGAGGAGGCGAUUGCGGAGAUGGAUGAGAGGACACGGGCGGAUUAUUUCAGGGCAAAGUUGUUUGUACAGGUCAACCCUCCAGAGUCGGUCCAGACGGAUAUCUCGCUUUCGCAGUUCCUGGCUAUACAGGAGAAGGGGGUAUCCGCGUGGGAAUUUGAGCCGGAGCUGGAGAUUGCGAAUUGCUUUGUCGAGGCGAGGACGGAGAUUGAGUUCUUCGACUCUGAAUGCAGUGUGCAGAGCAAUCUGCCGAUUCCCAAGCAAAAUGAGGUGUACUAUUGGGAAGCGAAGCUCUACGAUAAACCGGAGUCGACACUCGUCAGCAUCGGCUUGACAACGAAACCCUAUCCCCUUUUCCGGCUCCCUGGCAUGCACAAGUACUCCAUCGCAUACACUUCCAACGGCCACCGACGAUUCAACCAGCCCUUUGCAGGAACAAGCUACGCGCCGCCAUAUGUUCAAGGUGACGUGAUCGGAGUUGGAUACAGACCACGAACCGGCACAAUCUUCUUCACGCGGAACGGCAAGAAACUUGAGGACGUGGCCCACGGGUUGAAACUGCAUAAUUUCUUCCCUACCGUUGGCGCCAAUGGACCUGCGAACAUCCACGUCAACUUCGGCCAGAUGGGUUUCGUCUUUAUCGAAGCGAACGUCAAGAAGUGGGGUCUCGCACCCAUGACGGGAAGCCUGGCGCCACCUCCGCCGUAUGGAAGUGAGGCGGGAAGUAUUCUGCUCGAAGGCGGGAGGGAUGGCAUUCGCGAGGGGAUGGGUUGGCCAAGCAGCCAUGGUCGGACGAACAGUGCUCAGAUCAGGCUGCAAGGUCGGCCGGCGAGAAGUCCAGGACCCGAACGAUCACCCACCGAUAUCUCCCUGGCGCAGUUCAACCUCAUGGACCCAUACGAGGAAGAACCUGCUGAAGAUCGAGGCGAAGGAUCGAGUGAAGCUGCGCGCGCCAGCAUCGAGCAUCCGCAUUUCGACCCGGGUUUGCCACUAGAGCCGGCGGAGCACCCGCCUCCGGACUACGAGAGCGCGGACGAGGUUGACGACGACGAUGACUCGGAUACCACGGCGAGACCUGCUGGAACGGCGAAUAGGGACGAGACGAGAAGGUUGCUGAAUAAAUCUCCGCCUAUCCCUACGUAUGAGGCUGCGGUUGGGGACGUGGCCGCUGGGAGGGGAAGGAGGUCGACGAGAACGAGUAGAGAGAGUGAUGAAUGA